AUGUCCAACGCACCUGGAGGGCAGCAGGCUGGCGAAUCUUGUACCAGGCAAUAAAUUGGCAAUAAAUUUCCUCAUGUCAUAGCUAAAAGCACAAACCCCUCUUGAGUUUUGUUUUGUUUUGUUUUUCCGGGGCCGGGGAGAUUAAAAGGCAACUGGUUUUCCACCGAGAGCCUUAUUACAGUUCUUUAUUUUUUUCUUUUUAAAUUUUUAUUGAUACAGCAAAAAAGAAAAAGAAAAAACACAAAUACCAAAUUGCACACAGGAAUAAGCAUAGACACAUAAUUUUCUUAACAAACGAUAAAACAUAUAUUGGUCUUAACACUAAAGACCCAACCUCCCAUCUAUUCCAUGUUUCGAUUUCAUAUUACUUAUUGCCAAUACACACUUUUAUCGUAAUUACAUUUUCCUAAAUAAUAUUGAAUUUCUUAUAUCCACCUUGCAACUAUUACUGAAGUUCAUUGAAUGCUGCAACAGAAUUUAAACUGCUAUAUCUAUUUUUCAAAUAUUCUUUGAAAACCUCCCAUUUUGAAACAAACUCCUGUUUUGAUUUAUUCUUUGUUUUUUCUUAUUACAGCCUUAUUACAGUUAUUACGCUGCAUAUAAUAUAUGGCACAUAUAUAAAAUCUCACUACAAACACUCUUGAAUAAGGAAUGGUUCAUAUGCGGCAAGGUUCAAAUAUAUGCAGGGGUGUCUUUAAAUCUUGCUGGGCAUGUUCCCACUGGCCUCAGUGGUACCUCUGGAAAAAGAUAGGGGGGGAAAUCAACAUUUUUUAAAAUAAAAAAAACCACUUUUUGAUUUGGAUAUGGCAGCCUAAAGUCAAAUUGGUUUGGUAGGGAGUGGUAAGUGUCGGGUUCCUGAUUGCUUUUAAAAUAAACCUACUGCAGAUUUAAUAAUAAUAAUAAUAAUAAUAAUAAUAAUAAUAAUAAUAAAAUAAUAAUAAUAAAAUAAUAAUAAUAAUAAUUAGAACCACUGAAUCAUAGAACUUAAAAGUUGCAGUGGAUUCAAAUGGACACCUAGAACAGUUUCCUGAGCCUCCUGCAAUUAUUAUUAAUAAUUACUUUUAUAAUAAUAGCUAUGAAUAAUAUUAUUAAUUAUUUGUUAUUUGUUAUUAUUCACAUCUAUGCUGAGAGCUGGUUUCGAACCGGCGGAGUAGUGUCUUUUUGGGCCGCCAUCUUGCAUUCAGAAAGAACCUGAUGCGCAGGCGCAGCUUCCGCACCACCCUAAUUAACCCAGAAGGCCGCCCUUGCCUCCCUCCCUCCCUUUCCCGCCGCUCAUUCUCUAGAUAGAGCGCUCCCAGCUCGGCCGCCAUCUUCGAUUCACAACGAGGCUACGCCCCAGCCCCGCCCCUCUGAGGUUACGCUUGCAAAGCCUCCUACCUUUCCUUAGAGGGCGCGAAUGUUACGUCACGGGAAUUGCCGGACUGGGACUUGCUGCGCCGCGCGACUCUAUGGCUCUCCAUGGCUUUAGAUAGGGCGUUUUCAGGACAGGCGCCAUCUUGGACCGAAAACGAGGCUGCUCGCUUCCUUUUGCACCGCCCGCUUCAACCGUCCCCCGAUUCUUCCCAGCCGGAGGCAAAGAGUGGAGUUUAGACGAGGGAGAAGCCGAGAAGUGGAGGGGCUUGGAGAUAAAAGGGGGUAAGGGGCCGGGUUGGAAACGGGGGGGGGGGGGGAGGAAGGUGUGCAAUGUGCAAUUUGGGCUUUGCAGAAAAUGUGCAAAGGCGGGGGGUUGCAAACUGGGAUCCUGCAAAAUACUCCCCCCCUAAAACAUCAAAAGAUCCCUGCGGCAUCCGGAUUCGACCCAGGGCCGGACUAAGACUUUUGCAAGCACCGCAAAAAUUUAUGCUGUGAGGCUCCCCGCCCCCUCCCAAUAUGUAAUUCAAAAUAAAAACAAAACAAAACGCUAAACUUUCGCAUGAUGAAUUCUGCAUAUAAGUUAAAUAAGCAGGGAGACAAUAUACAGCCUUGUCGUACUCCUUUCCCAAUUUUGAACCAAUCAGUUGUUCCAUAUCCAGUUCUAACUGUAGCUUCUUGUCCCACAUCCUGCAAAAUAAAAGGUAAAGGGACCCCUGACCAUUAGGUCCAGUCGUGGCCAACUCUGGGGUUGCGGCGCUCAUCUUGCUUUACUGGCCGAGGGAGCCGGCGUACAGCUUCCGGGUCAUGUGGCCAGCAGGACGAAGCCGCUUCUGGCGAACCAGAGCAGCGCACGGAAACGCCGUUUACCUUCCCGCCAGACCGGUACCUAUUUAUCUACUUGCACUUUUUGGAGUGCUUUCGAACUGCUAGGUUGGCAGGAGCAAGGACCAAGCAACGAGAGAUCACCCUGUCGUGGGGAUUUGAACCGCCAACCCUCUGAUUGGCAAGUCCUAGGCUCUGUGGUUCAACCCACAGCGCCACCCGCGUCCCUACCUGCAAAAUACUCCCCCCUUAAAACAUCAAAAGAUCCCUGCGGCAGCUGGAUUCGACCCAGGGCCGGACUAAGACAUUUGCAAGCACCUGGGAAAAUUAUGCUGCGAGGCUCCCUGCCCCUACCAAUAUGUAAUUCAAAAUAAAAACAAAACAAAACACUAAACUAAACUAAAUUCUGUUUUCCAAAAUGGCCCAAGGCUUACAUGUAUGCUGAAACGGGCAUGCAUGGAUGUCACGCGCAAAGCCGGGUUGGAUCUGAUUUCCUUGCAUUAUUUCGAUUUAAUGUUAGGACACCGUCCACCCCACCCCACUCCGGUUUAGGUGGGGAUAAGGAAUAAAAAGAGAGCAGAAAAAUGGGUGUAGAGUGGAGGGUUAGGAAGUCUUAAUGAAGUUCUGGUUUUUCCCUUCAUGAAUACUGGGAUGCAGACCCAAUAUCAAAUUCAUAAAAAUAAAAUAUAAAAUCCCAUUUUUCUCAUGUCCCUGCUUUUCUGGUGCCCUAAACAAGCAGCAAUCGCUGCCAGGUGGGCGGGGUAGAAAUAAUAAAUUAUUAUUAUUUAUUAUGGCAGUGAAUUCCACAACUAUCCAUGAGGAUUUGUUGUUGUUGUCAUUUAGUCGUUUCCGACUCUUCGUGACCCCCUGGACCAGAGCACACCAGGCCCUCCUGUCUUCACUGCCUCCCGCAGUUUGGUCAAACUCAUGUUGGUAGCUUCAAGAACACUGUCCCACCAUCUCGUCCUCUGCCGUCCCCUUCUCCUUGUGCCCUCCAUCUUUCCCAACAUCAGGGUCUUUUCCAGGGAGUCUUCUCUUCUCAUGAGGUGGCCAAAGUCUUGGAGCCUCAGCUUCAGGAUCUGUCCUUCCAGUGAGCACUCAGGGCUGAUUUCCUUCAGAAUGGAGAGGUUUGAUCUUCUUGCAGUCCAUGGGACUCUCAAGAGUCUCCUCCAGCACCAGAAUUCAAAAGCAUCCAUUCUUCGGCGAUCAGCCUUCUUGAUGGUCCAGCUCUCACUUCCAUACAUCACUACUGGGAAAACCAGAGCUUUAACUAUAGAGACCUUUGUUGGCAAGGUGAUGUCUCUGCUUUUCAAGAUGCUGUCUAGGUUUGUCAUUGCUUUUCUCCCAAGAAGCAGGCGUCUUUUAAUUUCGUGGCUGCUGUCACCAUCUGCAGUGAUCAUGGAGCCCAAGAAAGUAAAAUCUCUCACUGCCUCCAUUUCUUCUCCUAUUUGCCAGAGGUCAUGGGCCCAGUGACCAUGAUCUUCGUUUUUUUGAUGUUGAGCUUCAGACCAUAAUUUGCGCUCUCCUCUUUCACCCUCAAUAAAAGGUUCUUUAAUUCCUCCUCACUUCCUGCCAUCAAGGUUGUGUCAUCUGCAUAUCUGAGGUUGUUAAUAUUUCUUCUGGCGAUCUUAAUUCCGGUUUGGGAUUCAUCCAGCCCAGCCUUUUGCUUGAUGAAUUCUGCAUAUAAGUUAAAUAAGCAGGGAGACAAUAUACAGCCUUGCCGUACUCCUUUCCCAAUUUUGAACCAAUCAGUUGUUCCAUAUCCAGUUCUAACUGUAGCUUCUUGUCCCACAUAGAGAUUUCUCAGGAGACAGAUGAGGUGAUCAGGCACUCCCAUUUCUUUAAGAACUUGCCAUAGUUUGCUGUGGUCGACACAGUCAAAGGCUUUUGCAUAGUCAAUGAAGCAGAAGUAGAUGUCUUCCUGGUACUCUCUAGCUUUCUCCAUAAUCCAGCGCAUGUUUGCAAUGCGCUGAGGAUGGGCUCCCUCCAAUAAAAACAGGGCUUAGUUAGGACAGCCUGGUGAAAUCCAGAUGUUUUGGACUACAACUCCCAUCAGCCCCAGAAGCUAGUGCAAAACAAGUGGUGAGGACAAGGCUAGGACUGUCUGCUCAGAGCAGACGUUUGGAAACAGCGCCCUCUGCUGGUGGAUGACUGGAAGUUUGCACUACUGCUGCUUACAUAUUGCAUCAGUGGCUCCCAGAGUGGGCAGCAGUGCCCCCUAGGGGCCGGUGGGAUUAAUUGUGCAAUUAAUUAUGUUUUGAAUGUCAUUGCGUUACUUCUCUCCCUUAGCUGUUCUGCAUAAUGUUUUUUAUAGGGUGGGGAGUUUAUGGAACCAAGGGGCAGUAGAGUCGGCCCCACCUGGCCUCAAAAAUUGGAAACCACUGGUUUGAAUACUCUUUUCUCUUAUCUACAGGUUGCAUUCGUCCCAUGAUGGCUGCUGUCCCCACUCUUACCUGCAGCGAUGACACAGACAGCCUCCCUUGCGCUGCACCCGUGCCCCUCCCACCCCCGACUCCCCAAGGCUUGAUCCCCGAGCCUGAGAUGGUGCUCACCCCCGAGCGAGCCUGUGUGAGGAGGCCGGGGGGCGGGAUCCUUCGGCGACCCCAGCAGGGGAAAGCACACCGUAGACAGGUGAGUGGGAGCUGGGAGCAUGAGGAGGAAAGUGGAGAGGAGGUGGUUUGAAACUACCAAAUCCGUCGCCAGAUUUCCCAUUAAUUGGGAAAUCUAUGCAGGAAGUAGGGACGCGGGUGGCGCUGUGGGUUAAAUCACAGAGCCCAGGGCUUGCCGAUUAGAAGGUCGGCGGUUUGAAUCCCCGCUACGGGGUGAGCUCCCGUUGCUCGGUCCCUGCUCCUGCCAACCUAGCAGUUCAAAAGCACACCAGUGCAAGUAGAUAAAUAGGUACCACUCCGGCGGGAAGGUAAACGGCGUUUCCGUGCGCUGUUCUGGUUCGCCAGAAGCGGCUUAGUCCUGCUGGCCACAUGACUGUACGCCGGCUCCCUCGGCCAGUAAAGCGAGAUGAGCGCCGCAACCCCAGAGUCAGCCACGACGACCUAAUGGUCAGGGGUCCCUUUACCUUUAUGCAGGAAGGCACAGAGGUAGAACUUGCCCACACCCUCUCCAGAGGGUAAGGGAUGUAGCCCAGUGGGACAGCAUCUGCCCUGCACCAGAAGGCCCCUCGUUGCACCCCAGAGAGGGAGGCCCAGGAUAGGUGCUGCCAGUAAGUGUCAGCAGUAUUGAGGUAUAAGGACCUCCAUGGUUUGGCUCAUCUUUCCUGUCUUCCUGAGGUGUUUGCUCACAGAACUGAGGUUGUUCUGGUGCUUUUAGGGACUUUUUUUCCCAAGAGGGCCAGAUUUGAUGAAGUGAGCAUGCAUGAGGGCCGACGAAAGUUAUUGAUUUUAUCUUAGGAUUGAAGUUGUUGAGCUUUCAACAACAAAAGGAUGUGGACUCCUUGGCCCUUGGCAGGUUUGGAAUAAACAUCCUCAAAUCUAUUAGUAGAACAUAUGACAGAUAAUGCAAUGAUAUGUACAAUUUUUAACAUGCAGAGAAUAAUAUGUGCAAACAAAUCAGAGGGGGGAGCUGAGGGAAGUCCUUAGGGGGUGGGAGAAGGGGGGAAAGGGGGGAAAAUGUAAUUGGUUAUUUUGAUUGAUAAUUUGUUUUGUUAAAUGGUUUAAUAAAAAUAUAUUUCUUUUUUAAAAAUAUUUUUAUUAGGAAUUUAAACAACGCAUAUUAUCUUAAAACAUAUCAUCCUUAAUUCCCCCCCCCCCAUACAACAACCCACCCUCCCCUCCCACCCUGACUUCCCUCAGCUCCAAUCUCUGGUUUCUCCAUAGAUGCUAUUCUCUGCAUGUUACAGAAUUGUAUAAAUCCUUCAUUUAUCUGACUGAUUAUUAUCUAUAAAAAGUUUAUGAGUGUUUAUUCAAAACCUGCCAAGGAGUCCAGUUUCACUUUGUUGCUUCUUUAAAUACUUUGCAAAAGGUUCCCAUUCAUUUUUAAAGUCACAGUUAUCCUUGUCCCGCAGUUUAUGUGUCAAUAAUAAAAAUAUAUUUAAAAAAGAAGUUGUUGAGCUUUUUUUACGGUUUCCCCCAAAGUUACUGAGCUUUUUUUUUAGGAUUGGAGUUGUUGACCACCUUUUAGGAUUUCCCCCCAGGAAAUAAACAGCCACAGAGGCCGGAAUUAACUGACUGGCGGGCCGGAUUAGGCCCCCGCAACGGACUUUGGACAUGCCUGGUCUUAUGGAUUUGCUCCUGGAUUUACUCCUGAGCCUUUUCUUCUGCGGAAGAUGUUUAUCAUUUUAGCAAGUUGUUCACAAUUCACCUCUUCUUCCCCAUCUCGACUGUCCAUUUCCAGGUUCGUUUCAGGCUGGGAUCCAAAUCCGAUGACAUCGGGCCGGUCCCCUCAGAUGCCCCGCAGCCUGGAACGGAGGUUGCCGUUCCUGCGAGGCGGGGAUCCCGGUCGGACGAUGUCCGGAUGGUCAGCCUCAACCCCCCCAAGCCCAGAGUGGAGGUGGUCCACAGCAGUGCAGGAGAAUCUCCCAUCACCAUCACGCUGGCGAGAGAGCCCUCCCUGAGUCCGGCAGGGGAGGAGAAGGAGGAGGAGACAGAAGAGGGAUCGUGUCCGCCCCACAACCUGCUGGCCGGCCCCGUUCCCCACAGCACUCUUGCCCUGGUGGCAGAAGUGCGCGCCAUGCGGGAGCAGGGCUUUAAUGCCCGGCAGGCUGCUGAACAACUGGUGCAGCGCUCUUUUGUCGCUCGCUGCGCUGUGGAAGCCCGGGCUGGCGAGGGUGAGUAUCGGGAGAUGAGCGUUGGGAGGUAAAAAGAAAGCCCUUCUUUGGGCAGCGCGUGGUUAACCUAUGGAACUCUCUGCCUCAGGAGGGUUAUCAAUGGUCGCUGGCCAGGAUUGCCUCCACAUCUGGAGGAAGCAAGGCGGCUUAAUCCCAGCUGCAUAAACAGCCUCGGUCCAGUAGACCUGAAGGAGCGUCUCCACCCCAACCGUUCAGCCCGGACACUGAGGUCCAGCACCUGGGGCCUUCUGACAGUUCCCUCAUUGCGAGAAGCAAAGCUACAGGGAACCAGGCAGAGGGCCUUCUCGGUGGUGGCACCUGCCCUAUGGAAUACCCUCCCACCAGAUGUCAAGGAAAUAAACAACCAUUUGACUUUUAGAAGACAUCUGAAGGCAGCCCUAUUUAGGGAAGUUUAUAAACUUUUUGAUGUACCGUAUUUUUCGCUCCAUAAGACGCACCGGCUUCUGGGAUAGCUGCAGUCUGCAUUCGCUUCAUAAGACGUGCACACAUUUCCCCUUACUUUUUAGGAGGGAAAAAGUGCGUCUUAUAGAGCGAAAAAUACGGUACUUUUAAUCUUUGUUGGAAGCUGCCCAGAGUGGCUGGGGUACAAAUAAUGAAUUUUAGUCCGUCUUCAAAUAUUCAGCUCCAGUUCGAGUGCGACGAGAGGCAUGAGAACUUCUCUCUCCAUCCAUUUUCUCCACGCAAUUCCCUGUUUUAUAAACUCCUCGGCCUUUUCUCCCAACACACCUUUCGCAGGUAUGAACAUCCGUCGGGAGCAACAACUCUAUCAAGGCCUCGUCAGCCUGGAAGUGCCAGAAGUUGAAUUGCUCAGCUCAGCCGUGCAGGAGAAACUCGCCCUCGUCCGGACCCGACCUGAACCCAGGAAGGUGAGCAGGGAAGGGGGGGCGGCAUUGAGGAUUCCCCAGAGCUGGAGGAGAUGGGUGACUUUAUAUUUUUUUAAACCAUUUUUAUUGAUUUUCCAAUAAAAAACAUCCAGUUAAUAUAUACAAUCAUAAUACUCCAAUUAAAAUUUAAAAAAAAAACUAAAAUAAAAAAAAACCAUUUUCUAGUCCAAAUUAUAAUUAUUAAUUUUUUUGAACUCCCCACAGUCUGGAUCUCUGAAGCAUAUCUCCACAUCUCAGUCCUGCCUCUCCUUGUUGCUUCCAUAUUUUCCACUAAUAAAAUAAUAAUAAUAAUAAUAAUAAUAAUAAUAAUAAUAAUAAUUUAUUAUUUAUACCCUGCCCAUCUGGCUGAGUUACCCCAGCCACUCUGGGCAGCUCCCAAUCAAGUGUUAAAAACAAUACAGCGUUAAAUAUUAAAAACUUCCCUGAACAGGGCUGCCUUCAGAUGUCUUUUAAAGAGAAGAUAGCUGCUUAUUUCUUUCACAUCUGAUGGGAGGGCGUUCCACAGGGCGGGCGCCACCACCGAGAAGGCCCUGUGCCAGGUUCCCUGUAACCUCACUUCUCGCAACCAGGGAACCGCCAGGAGGCCCUCGGAGUUGGAUCUCAGUGUCCGGGCAGAACGAUGGGGGUGGAGACACUCCUUCAGGUAUCCUGGGCCUUUGAGGCCAUUUAGGGCUUUCAAGCUCAGCACCAACACUUUGAAUUGUGCUCGGAAACGUCCUGGGAGCCAAUGGCGGUCUCUCAGGACCGGUGUUAUGUAGUCCCAGUCACCAGUCUAGAUUAAUUGCAGUUUCCGAAUCACCUUCAAAGGUAACCCCACAUAGAGCGUGUUGCAGUAGUCCAAGCGGGAGAUAACCAGAGCAUGCGCCACUCUGGCCAGACAGUCUGCGGGCAGGGAGGGUCUCAUCCUGCGUACCAGAUGGAGCUGGUAGACAGCCGCCCUGGACACAGAGUUAACCUGCACCUCUAUGGACAGCGGUGAGUCCUGAAUAACUCCCAGGCUGCGCAGCUGGUCCUUCAGGGGCACAGUUACCCCAUUCAGGACCAGGGAGUCCCCCACACCUGCCCGCCUCCUGUCCCCCCAAAACAGUACUUCUGUCUUGUCAGGAUUCAACCUCAGUCUGUUAGCCGCCAUCCAUCCUCCAGGCACUAUUUUGACGCUUUAUAAUUCUCCGUCCCCGAGUCUACGAUUCUCAAUCAUGUCCCACAUCAUAUACUUUCAUCGAGACAGGUGACUUUAACCCCACCCCCCAAAUUUGGAAAUAGCAGGUGGGGUGUCAAUCAAUGGUCCAAUGGGUUUACACCAGUGUAACGAGCGUCUCUCCAAACUGAAGGUCCAGCAACGGGGGUGAAUGGGCUGAGUGAUGUCCUGUGGAGGACGGGAAGGCGCUCCCUUAAGAUCAUCAUCAUCAUCAUAAUUUAUUAUUUAUAUCCCACCCAUCUGGCUGGGCUUCCCCAGCCACUCUGGGCGGCUUCCAACCAAAUAUUAAAAUACAGUAAUACAUCAAACAUUAAAAGCUUCCCUAAACAGGACUGCCUUCGGAUGUCUUCUAACAGCAAGCAUCCUGUUCUUGAGUGGCCAACCAGAUGGCUCUUUUGGAAAACCCGCAGGCAGGAUUCGAGCGUGAGAGCACUCUUCCCCUCUUGUGGUUUCCUGCAACCAGUGUUCACAAGGUUGACUGCCCUCUGACACUACCGUCAGCUCUCUUCUCUCAAGAAUUUGUCUAAUCCUCCUAGCGGUGCAGCAAUAAGAUUGCCAGGACGUUUGCAAAACUAAGGUUGCAAAUGGUUGGCGUUCCUGAAUUGCAGGGGUUGGACCGGAUGUCCCUUGGGGUUCCACAGUUUAAUAAUAAUAAUAAUAAUUUUUAUUUAUACCCCGGCCAGAGACUGGCUCAGGGCGGCUAACACCACCAAUAAAAUAAAAUCACAGUAAUAGGGGAAAAAGAGAGGGAGAAAAAAAACCCAAUUUAAAAUACUGGGUUAAAAUACAAUUUAAAAUGCAGCCUCAUUUUAAUAGUAGCCCAUAGAUCAAAACUAUAAGGGGAGGGAAACAUAACGGUCAGACUGAGUCCAAACCAAAGGCCAGGCGGAACAGCUCUGUCUUGCAGGCCCUGCGGAAAGAUGUCAAGUCCAGCAGGGCCCUAGUCUUUUGUGACAGAGCAUUCCACCACAUCGGGGCCAGUGCUGAAAAGGCCCUGGCCCUAGUUGAGACCAAUCUAACCACCUUGUGACUUGGGACCUCCAAGGUGUUAUUUGUGGACCUCAAGGUCCUCAGUGGGACAUAACAGGACAGGCGGUCCCAUAGGUACGUGGGUCCUAGGCCACAUAGGGCUUUAAAGGUCAAAGCCAGCACCUUAAACCUGACCCUGUACUCCACCGGGAGCCAGUGCAGUUGUUAAAAGCACUGAAUGACAUUGCGUUUCAUUAAGGACUUUAACAUCACACUUCAUUAAGGACUUUCCCUCCUAAGCAACCGUCCCGUCUCUCUCUGCUAGGAGCUGGAUUGCACAGGCCCCGACCUCCUGGCCUUCUACGACCCAGAGCAGCUGUUCACGGAGAGCCCCUUCCUGGAGGUGGAGGGUCUGCCCCCUCUGAAGCUGCAACCUCGAACUCGGGACCCAGCCACCACUUUCUUCAUGUACCGAAAGCUGCGCCAGUGGGACAGUUAAAGGGCCUUAGGGGAUGAUGGCCCGUCUGCCCCCCAAAACUGGACUCAAGACUGCUGUGUGGUGCAGGACUAUUUAUUCAAACGGGACUCCCUUUUGCACCCUUUCCCCACAGUUCGCUUUUCAUACAUAAAACUUAAUCCGAAGCACAUGUCCUCUCCAGUCUCCCAGUUAUUGAUCAACAGGGUGGCGUGUCUUCGCCUGAACGCCAACAGCCGCCCUCGAGUCUCUCUUAAAAAACCGCGCAGACCCUCUUCCCCCGAAUGUGGCGUUUAGCCCAACCUCCACACAAAACACAUAGAUUGGUAAUAAUCCGUAGGCUUUUAUUUAUAUAUAGAAUCAACUUUUUUUUUUUAAAGAAAGAACUCCAGAGAAGGGGUCCCCUUCAGAUACACCCCCAAAAAGGCAGAAAGGUCCCCCAGAAAGGUGGUGUUUUUUUCGUGGGAAACAAGAUGGUGGUGGUGUUGUUAAAAGUCGUCUCCCCGUCACACGCUGAAGGCAACACUCUGCUGAGCAAGGCAUCAGACUUGAAGAUGGGCAGGGUACGUCCGCAAUCCAGGCAUGCGUCUUCCUGCUGGCUGUGUGGGGGCAGAAUCCUCGUUGCCCCGGGGACUCUGGAGCAGGGAGAGGGGAGGCCUUGAACAUCUGCUGCUGGCCAAGGCAGGGGAGCGCCCCACCCGCUCCCCAAUACAGAUGUUAAGACACCCUUUGCAGGAGGUGGGUGGAAGCAGCAAAGAAAGGCUAGGUUUCCCUGUUGUUCUUCCAACCCAACCUGAAGCUAUCAAGGGACGAUCAGUGCCGCAGAUGCCCCCCUUUUGCACCAGCUUUUGAAUUCUUCUCUCUCCCUGGCUGCGGUGCUGGUGGGAGUUGUAGCACAGCAGCGCCCAGAAGGCGCCCGCUGGGACGUGGACGCCUCUUGAACAGGAAAUGGCAAAAGGGACAGAGAAAGAACUUCUUCUGCUAUGCUAAAACUCCCAGCCAUCCGGUCUCCCAGCUGCCCACCCUGCCUCUUCCCCCCCAGAUGUUGCUAAACUGUUGGCUUGAGCGACGGGGAGCUGAGCACCCGACAUAUUGGGGGUGGGGGAGCUGCAGCCCAUGCUCUCCCCGCUCCAGGGACUAAGAAAACGACACCUCGGUGCAAACG